AUCCAAUUGAAAAAGUGGUGGAAAUACACAAGGUAUUUAUUCAAAGAAAGGGAAACACAGCGCGCGGUAGUGGAGAGGAUUUGACCUACUGAGUACUGACGUCAAAUAAUUUAAAUUAAAUUUCACUUUCAAAUACAUUACAUAAAUAUUGAAAGAUGUCUUGUCCAUUCCUUUCAAAAUUAAGCCAAGCUUAUUUGAAGAAUUAUGCUUCUCUUUUGGUCAAAAUGUAUGGUAACCAAUGUCCUGUGAUAUCCAGAAGCAUGAACAAUGUUGCCAGUAAGGCUGAAGUUAAAACUCAAGAUGACGUGUUUGCCUAUGAUCAGUUCUUCCAUCAACAAAUCAUGAAGAAGAAGAAGGAACAUUCCUACAGAGUUUUUAAGAAAGUCAAUCGGUUGGCCGGACCGGGAGAAUUUCCAAAAGCUGUGGAACAUUCAUGGGGACAGGCACCAAUAACUGUCUGGUGUUCCAAUGAUUAUUUAGGAAUGUCGUCUCAUCCUGAAGUAAAAGCUGCUGUACGAGAUGCACUGGAAAAAUACGGAACUGGAGCAGGAGGUACUCGUAACAUUUCAGGCAAUUCUACUCUGCAUGAAAAGUUAGAGUCUAAUCUUGCUGAGCUACACAAUAAAGAUGCUGCCUUGUUGUUUACUUCGUGCUUUGUCGCUAAUGACUCAACUUUAUACACUUUGGCUAAAGCUUUACCAGGUUGUCAUAUAUUUUCUGACGCUGGAAAUCACGCAUCUAUGAUUCAAGGGAUCAGGAAUAGCCGUGUUCCUAAGCAUAUAUUCAGGCACAAUGAUCCAGCACAUUUAGAAGAACUACUCCAAGGAGUUGAUCGAAGCGUUCCCAAAAUUGUAGCAUUUGAAACUGUGCAUUCCAUGUCAGGAGCUGUUUGUCCACUGGAGGAACUUUGUGAUAUUUCCCAUAAAUAUGGAGCGUUAACAUUCGUGGAUGAAGUCCAUGCGGUUGGUUUAUACGGCGAGCAUGGCGCUGGAAUUGGAGAAAGAGAUCACGUGAUGCACAAAAUGGAUAUGAUAUCGGGAACACUGGGCAAGGCUUUUGGAAACGUUGGUGGUUAUGUUGCUAGUACCUCUGCUUUGAUCGAUAUGGUGAGAUCCUACGCAGCAGGCUUUAUAUUCACGACAUCGUUACCACCGACAGUUCUGGCAGGAGCAUGUAAAUCUAUUGAAAUCUUGGCGUCGGAUGAAGGAAGACAACUAAGAGACCAACACCAGCCAACGUCAAAUACCUCAGAAACUCAUUGUUAGAGAACGGUUUCCUGUGGAGCACACCCCCAGUCAUAUCAUCCCAAUAAAAAUCGGAAACCCUCUACAAUGCGGCGCCGUUUGUGAUACCUUACUGAAAGAAAAGGGUCACUACAUUCAAGCCAUCAACUAUCCUACCGUCGCUAGAGGAGAGGAGAAGUUGAGAUUAGCACCCACACCGCAUCAUUCCAAAGAAUUGAUGGACACGUUAGUUCGAGAUUUAAAGGAAGUGUGGCAUGACCUGGAGCUUCCAUUAACGGGACAACAAUGUGGACAGCAAUGCAAGUUUUGUCAAAAACCGCUGCUCUUUGACUACUAUGAGUCGAGAGAAAACCGAAGAUGUGCAGCCGAUAUUCACUGUGAUAUCCCCAAUUGUCCACAACUUGUAGCUAUCACCAUUUAACAGAAGAAAAGAAGAUCACUACGAUAUGGUGUUGGUUGGGUGUAAAGGUUGUUAAUGGUUAUAAUUACGUUCUUUAAAUAAAAUCAAACAUACUGAGACAGGGAGAUAAAAAAACCUUAAGAAAAUUGUUCAUCGUCGUCGCAAAUUUCAAAAUUACUCAGUUUCUGGGUGGGACCGCAUCGUUUUUAGCUGUCUCGGGCUUCCUUUUCUCUGUUGGAGUAUAUUCAAUCUCAUGCAGAGACAAGAGAUAUUGCAAUAUACCAAACAUCCAAUACAAAUCUCAUUAAAAAAAUUGUAAUGUUCAAGUUGUAUUAAAUCCUGUUACC